UGUAUAAGGCAGGAGGGAAAUGUAGAGUCCUCUUUUCUUUCUUCUGACCAUAGUAAUAUUUGCAAUAUUACUAUGCAAUGUAAUGUAAUACACAUAACAUUGGAGAUAUGUCACAAGACAUUGCAAUAAAAAAGAAUUCUAUAUCUUUUUGUCCCCCAUGAGAUUGGGCAGACUUUUUUUGCCUCCUUUUUGCCUCCUUUCUGUAUCCCCAGUGCUUGACACGGUGUCGGCCAAGCUUAAUAAAGAAGCUUAAUAAAGCUUAUUGAUGUACUAACAGACUGGAAUGGCCAAGCUUAAUAAAGAAGCUUAAUAAAGCUUAUUGAUGUACUAACAGACUGGAAUUGGAUAUCAGAAGAGCUGGGUUAAGACCCCAUCUCUGUCACUCCAUGUGUGACCUCAGGAAAACAUUCAGUUUCUGUAUCUUUUACUUUUUUGGUAAAGAUAUUUUAUUUUACCAAAUACACAUAAAGCAGUUUUCCACAUAACUUUUCUGAAAUUAUAUGAUCUAAAUUGUCUUCCUCGCUUCCUUAUCUUUUAAAUGAAAGGAUAAGAGUGGAUAGUCUUUAAUCAACAAACAUUUAAAUAUAUACCCUGUUUCAUAAUUACAUUAGAAUGUAGGUUUUUCUAGAAAUCUGUUUUGCAAAUUUCAAUUAAGCCACUGUUACUCUGUUAGCAUAAGCAAACAGAUGGGCAUUUGGUGCUAAGGUUGGUGGAUUAACUAUACCACCACCUUCCCUUGACUUUCUGACCAUGUUUCUGCCAUAUUUAAGACACAGCUGGAUUAGGGUGAAGUUGAAUUUAUGCCCAGUGCCUAAACACAGGACAGGUUUUUAAAUAAAUUUAAAUAAACCAAAUUCUGAUGAAUGUUUAUUCUGCUUUGCAAUUAAAAUUGUACUAUAUAUUUUUCUAAAUAGCCUCUUCCUGCCACCAAAGAAAAUGAAGACUAUCAUAAUUUUCUUCAUCUUGGUAACAGCAGAGGCCAUUCCGGUUUCUCAGAACAGACCCCAAGAGAAAUAUGCUUUUAAUAAACCUGUGGAUUUAGAUUGUCCAGGAAAACCAGAAGUGACCAAACAGGAUCAGAUAACUGUCAAUGUCACUGCCAAAGGAAGUAAUGAAACAAAUGAAGACCUCACACAUCAAGAUGAAAAAAGCAUGCAACUAAAUAAAAAUGGAAGUAGCAAAGGAGAGGAGGAAGUUAUUAAGAAUGCAGAGACAGGAGAAAAGGGAUAUUAUACCAGUCUCAAAUUAGCCAAAGGGGAGGGAUAUACUGGAGAUAUACAUGAGGAAAAAAUCUAUCCAGAAACAUUAGACAGAGAUGAGAAUGGAGACAAUGACUUAAUAAAUGGUUUAAAAGGCAGCAUUUAUAAGGCAGGAAAUGUCACUCAUAAUAAUAAUGAAACCACUACUAGAAAUGUCAAAGAAGAGAAUGUUACCAACACAAAUCAAAUUGAAGUUACUAGUGUCCAGCAAGAAAAUAUAAACAAGAGUAGAGGCAAUGAAGAUGAAGGAAAUGGAAACACUGAUAAAAAUGAGGAUGGUCUAAUUGAAAAAAACCCUUACAAAGGAGAUGGGAAUGGAGAUAAUCAAACCAAGGCUCCAACUGGAAAAAAUGAAACUAAAAAUGUCAAUGGAGAAGAUGAAAGCUGGAAUGACAUCGAUGGUGGUGCUAGUGGCAAUGGAGAUGAUACCUAUGAAGAAAAUGGUUCUGGUGAUGAUGAGGGAGAAAAAGCAGAGGAGAAAAAUGAAAGCACUGCUGAUAAUAGGGAUUCAGGCUUUCCUAGUAAUGAGGCUCCAGAUAAUGGAAAUGAUUAUGACAGUGAUAAUAGCUUAAGCAAAGCUUCAAGUGAUGCUAAUGAAGAAGAUGAAACUGGAGACAAUGACGAUUUCCUCCAUGGAGAAAAUACUUCAAAGAGUGAUGAAAAUCAUGAUAAUACUGUGGAAGUUACCAUGGAACUGACUUUACCCCUUAAAGGUGGUAAAAGUGGACUAAAUGAAGAAUCAGGUCCUAUUGUCAUUAACAAAAUUCAAGAAAAGGUAGGUUUUAGCAUCAGAAUCAUUUCUUUAUCUUUGUCUAGUCAGUUAGAUGGAAACAUUUUUUUCUCAAAAAGUUUUCCUCCAAAUCAAUCAAAAACUGCAUUCUCCUACUUUGACCUUCCAUGCUACUCAAAUUAA